CGCCGGGAAAGACCCGCCCCGCGGUGCUGUCGCUCGCGCUGGAAGAAGCGGAAGAAGAUGGCGCUCACCAGCUUUUUACCUGCACCUACUCAGCUAUCUCAGGACCAGCUUGAGGCUGAAGAGAAGGCAAGAUCCCAGAGAUCACGACAGACCUCACUGGUCUCCUCCCGAAGAGAACCUCCCCCAUACGGGUACCGGAAAGGCUGGAUACCACGGUUACUAGAGGAUUUCGGAGAUGGAGGUGCUUUUCCAGAGAUCCACGUGGCCCAAUAUCCACUGGAUAUGGGGCGAAAGAAGAAAAUGUCGAAUGCACUGGCCAUUCAGGUGGACGCUGAAGGAAAAAUUAAAUAUGAUGCAAUUGCUCGGCAAGGACAGUCAAAAGACAAGGUCAUUUAUAGCAAGUACACUGACCUGGUUCCCAAGGAAGUCAUGAAUGCAGAUGACCCAGACCUGCAAAGACCUGAUGAAGAAGCCAUUAAAGAGAUAACAGAAAAGACAAGGGUCGCCUUAGAAAAGUCUGUAUCGCAGAAGGUUGCUGCAGCCAUGCCGGUUCGAGCAGCUGAUAAACUGGCUCCUGCUCAGUAUAUCCGGUACACACCAUCUCAACAAGGAGUGGCUUUCAACUCUGGAGCUAAACAGAGAGUUAUUCGGAUGGUGGAAAUGCAGAAAGAUCCAAUGGAGCCUCCAAGGUUCAAGAUUAAUAAGAAAAUUCCCCGGGGACCACCUUCUCCUCCUGCACCCGUCAUGCAUUCUCCUAGCCGAAAGAUGACCGUGAAGGAACAACAAGAGUGGAAGAUUCCUCCUUGUAUUUCAAACUGGAAAAAUGCAAAGGGUUAUACAAUUCCACUGGACAAGCGUCUGGCUGCUGAUGGAAGAGGACUGCAGACAGUUCAUAUCAAUGAAAAUUUUGCCAAACUGGCUGAAGCCCUCUACAUUGCUGAUCGGAGGGCUCGUGAAGCUGUGGAAAUGCGUGCUCAAGUAGAGAGAAAGAUGGCUCAAAAAGAAAAGGAGAAACAUGAAGAGAAACUUAGAGAAAUGGCCCAGAAAGCCAGAGAGAGAAGAGCUGGGAUCAAAACCCAUGUGGAAAAAGAGGAUGGAGAGGCACGUGAGAGGGAUGAAAUCCGGCAUGACAGGCGGAAAGAGAGACAGCAUGACCGGAACCUUUCCAGGGCAGCUCCUGAUAAGAGGUCAAAAUUGCAGAGAAAUGAAAAUCGGGAUAUCAGUGAAGUCAUUGCUCUUGGUGUGCCCAAUCCUCGGACUUCCAAUGAAGUUCAGUACGACCAAAGGCUCUUCAACCAAUCCAAGGGUAUGGACAGUGGUUUUGCAGGUGGAGAAGAUGAAAUUUACAAUGUUUAUGAUCAAGCCUGGAGAGGUGGUAAAGAUAUGGCCCAGAAUAUUUACAGGCCCAGUAAAAAUCUGGACAAGGACAUGUAUGGUGAUGACCUAGAAGCCAGAAUAAAGACCAACAGGUACCAAGGCAGACAGCUCAGUUGUAAUGUUUUCACCAGUGAAAACAAAGUAGUUCAUAGUCCCUUCUCUUUUUCCCUAGGUUUGUUCCCGAUAAGGAGUUUUCUGGUUCAGACCGUAGGCAAAGAGGCCGAGAAGGACCAGUUCAGUUUGAGGAAGAUCCUUUUGGUUUGGACAAGUUUUUGGAAGAAGCCAAACAGCACGGUGGCUCUAAAAGACCCUCAGAUAGCAGCCGCCCCAAGGAACAUGAGCAUGAAGGCAAGAAGAGGAGGAAGGAGUAGAUACACCUCUCUUCCAAGUGAAUGAACUAUUAUCCAUGAC